AUGAUUCUUGCGGUUCUGACCAUGCAACAUGCUACGCUCUCCGUCUCUUGUCUCUCUUUUCUCAUGUGGGCUAAGGGCAAGAAGCCCGACGUCGUCCAGGAAGUCCAAAAGGUGACCGUGCCGGGGGGCAUGACCGACGAGCAGCUUGCGGAACUGGAAGACUUGCGCGCGAAAGCCGCGGAGCUCGAGAAGCUGAAGGCGAAGUUGAAGAAGCGCGACGCGCAGAUCGCUGCUUUGCAAGAGGAGAACGACAAACUCAACGAGGAGCAGGUGCGGCUGCUGAAGAUGCUGAAGCAGGUCCGAGAGCAGCUGCGGAUCGUCAUGGAGCUGGCGGAGAAGAAGGGCCUGGGCGACGUCAUCAAGAAGCUCUUCGAGGAAGCAGGGUUGGGCGCCACGAUGUCCGAUCCGGAUUACACGUGCUUCGACCGCCUCUACGAUGAUGCUCUCAGGCGAAUGGACAAACAGCGCCGGCUGGAGUGGUACCGCUUGGGGAACACGGGCGAGCCUCCGCCAUCGUUCAAGGUCGCUCCGUUCCUGCAUCCAGGGCUCUGCCGCAAAGUUUGCACCGACAAGGGGCGUGGACAGGGCGUCUUUUCGAGCAGGCCCAUUCGGUCUGGAGAACUGCUGCUUGCGUGUCGGCCCCUGGCGGCAGUGCAAGGAGUGCCCGAAAGGCAGCUCUCCGCUGCCCUCGCGGAGCAGAUUCUGGAGAGGCUCGGCAGAGGGGAUCCUGAAUUCGUUGCUGACUUCUGGAGCUUGUCCGAUGGAGGCGACCAGGGCCUCCAGAGUGACAGCGGUGAGGGCAGUGAGGGCGGCGAGGAGCUGCCCGGCACGGCGCGGAGGAAGAGGAAGCGCCCGGAGCGCGAGCGCCGGACCUCCGACAAGGCCAAGGUGCUCAGGAUUAUUGCUGUCAAUGCUCAUGGAUGGCCAUGUGGAGAUGCGAAGGGCCUCGGCCUUUGGCAGUGGCAGGCGUACAUGAACCAUGCGGCACCUGCAUAUGCGAAUUGCUCUGCUGCCUUCGCGGGCGAGGUCAUCCUCAUGCGAGCCUUGAAGGGCAUCGAGGCAGGAGAGGAGUGCGUCCACUCGUACUGCCCGCCUUCGGCCAGCUUCUCGGUGCGAAGGGCGGUCCUGAGGCAUUGCGGGGUCCCUGAACCGAACCUCGAUGAGGUUCCAGAAGAAGGCGGCUGUGGGAGGGCUCCACCAGGUCCUGCAGGAAAACCUGUCGCUGGCUCGCGCCAAGAUGGAGGUGGCUACUGUGGCGCUGCACGAAGAAGAGAGCCAAAAGGCACACGACCUGUGGACAGAGGUCCUGAGCCUCCGCGUAGCUGA